CAAUGUACUUAAAUGGGACAUCUCGAUGGUGGCACAACUCUUAGUUUGUGCUUUCUAUCUGAAUCACAGAAGCUGUAGAUGAGCUGUUUUACAUUAUUGUUUCGUCCAGUGUUUGUUUUCAUCACUCCGGUGCCUCUUCGACUUGCUACGAACACCGGGUCAUGUUUUCUGCUUGUGGCUACAAGUUCGACAGGAUGAAGAGAGAUACAACUAUUGCUGCGGUCAUGGUCUUCUGGCUACUUCUGAGCCCAGCGAGGGGCAGAGGGACCGGGGGAUUUCAAGGCGCCAUUCCCCAUCCCAAUAAAUACAACCCUAACCAGUCGGAACAAUCACCGCAGACACCACAAACCAUAUUCAGAGGGAUGGGGCCGCCUACGCCCGCCGAGGAGGUUCUGGAUUCUAGCCAAGAGGCCCUUCACGUCACAGAGCGCCGCUAUCUGAAGCUGGACUGGUGCAAAACGCAGCCCCUCAAACAAACCAUCCACGAAGAAGGGUGCGUGAGCCGCACCAUCAUCAACCGUUUCUGCUAUGGGCAGUGCAACUCUUUUUACAUUCCUCGACACGUCUAUCAGGAUGACAGCGCUUUCCAAUCAUGUUCAACUUGUAAGCCCAAGAGCUUCACCACUUUAACGUACACUUUAUUCUGUCCCGGGAAACAACCGAAUACCAAGAAGAAACGCGUCCAGCGCGUAAAACAGUGUCGCUGUACGUCUAUAGAUCUGGAUUAAACUCCUAACUAGCUUUCUUUGAGCUUUUUGAAUGGGCUGCUAUGUCCAUCCGAGACAAAGGUUGAUGAAAGAUGAAAGGACUUAAGACAGGAGACAGCGGUUUGAAAUGAAUCGGCACCAGAGCCCUUGUCCCACACAAGUGCGUUGGUCGGUAAACUGACAGUCCAGUUUGUCCAAAUGCAUGUAAACUGCAGGCUGUGCAUAAUUAACAUAAGCCUUCUUUCGUGAAGACAUACUUGCUUGCUCAUAUAACUGAUAUUCUCAGUACGGGGAAAAGGACGGAAACCUCGUAGGAGCACAUCCCAUCUGCGCGAGACAGAGAUGUGUCAAUCACUAUCGUAUUUCCACUGUGUGGAUUUUUCAAAAUAAUGCACGCUAAAUUAAUCUCACUGGUAGAGUCAUUGUGAUGAACGUCACAUAAAGCCCCUUUUAUAUUUUAUCUUACUUGAUUUAUCUCUAUAAUACCUUAUUAAAUGUAUAUAUGUUGUAUACUAUUGGAAUAAACUUAUUUUUACAUCUUGUAAUCGCUGUCAUUACUUUUCACAUGUAUGGCUUCGCUAGUGAAAUAUUGUUGUUUUUUAGUGAGAAGUAACUCCUCAGAAUAGCUUCACGGUCUAAAGAAGAAU